AUGAAACUUUUUGCCGCAAUUUUCGCCCUUGCCGCCGCCAAUCCUGCUUGCAGACGAGUCUGCCCGAUGAGCUACGAUCCCGUUUGCGGCUCUGACGGAAAGACCUACUCGAACAGCUGUGAGUUGGACAUGCUUGCCGAAUGCGCUGGUCUCCCGAUCGAGAAAUUCCACGAUGGAGAGUGCGAAGCAGCUUGCAGUGCUUUGCCAGUUCCAAUGAUGUACAUGCCUCACUGCGGAUCUAACGGCGUUCAGUACAGCAACCGAUACGAAUAUGAAUCCCUCAUUGAACACAACUGUAUUCCCCACACUGUCACUGUUACAGACGGACCAUGCUAG